AUGUUUCAGAACCAGAGGUUGACACCUGGACAGUACCCAGAAUGCACCAGACGGAGAGAGGAGUCCUCAAGGAGAUCUGUGUGGUGGAUCUACUCUGACUGUGUUCAUUCUGGAUCUGCUCUGAGGGAGUGUUCAACAUCAGAUUCCUCUUACUUCAUCCUGGAUCUCACCUGCUCAGACUCCAGACCUGUCAGGAUGGUGAAUGGGACUAGUCUGUGCUCAGGUAGACUGGAGGUGAAGUCGAACCAGUGGUGGUCCUUAGUGUGUGAAGAUGACUUUGACCAGCAGGAAGCAGAGGUGGUCUGUAGGGAGCUUGGCUGUGGGGCUCCUUCAGUCCUCCAGGGGGCGCUCUAUGGAGAAGUGGAGGCUCCAAUGUGGACCAAAGAGUUCCAGUGUGGAGGCCAUGAGUCUGCUCUCCUGGACUGUAGAAGCUCAGGCUCAGAUAGAAACACUUGCUCACCUGGCAAAGCUGUUGGACUCACCUGCUCAGAACCUGUCAGGUUGGUGGGAGGAGACAGUCGCUGUGCAGGAACACUGGAGGUGAAACAUCAAGGAGACUGGAGACCAGUAGAAUACUCUGACUGGACCCUGAAGGAAGCAUCUGUUGCCUGUAGAGAUCUGGACUGUGGCUCUGCUGUUUCUGUAGGACGGAGAAAGGAGUCCUCAGAGAGAUCUGUGUGGAGGAUCAACUCUAACUGUGUUCAGUCUGGAUCUGCUCUGAGGGAGUGUUCAACAUCAGAUUCCUCUUCCUCCAUCCUGGAUCUCACCUGCUCAGACUCCAGACCUGUCAGGCUGGUGAAUGGGACUAGUCUGUGCUCAGGUAGACUGGAGGUGAAGUCCAACCACUCUAACCAGUCCAACCAAUCCAACCAGUGGUGGUCCUUAGUGUGUGAAGAUGACUUUGACCAGCAGGAGGCAGCUGUGGUCUGUAGGGAGCUUGGCUGUGGGGCUCCUUCAGUCCUCCAGGGGGCGCUCUAUGGAGAAGUGGAGGCUCCAAUGUGGACCAAAGAGUUCCAGUGUGGAGGCCAUGAGUCUGCUCUCCUGGACUGUAGAAGCUCAGGCUCAGAUAGAAACACCUGCUCACCUGGCAAAGCUGUUGGACUCACCUGCUCAGAACCUGUCAGGUUGGUGGGAGGAGACAGUCGCUGUGCAGGAACACUGGAGGUGAAACAUCAAGGAGACUGGAGACCAGUAUAUGGCCCUGACUGGACCCUGAAGGAAGCAUCUGUUGCCUGUAGAGAGCUGGACUGUGGCUCUGCUGUUUCUGUAGGAGAGAGAAAGGAGUCCUCAUACAGAUCUGUGUGGUGGAUCAACUCUAACUGUGUUCAGUCUGGAUCUGCUCUGAGGGAGUGUUCAACAUCAGUUUACUCUUCCUCCAUCCUGGAUCUCACCUGCUCAGACCUGCUCCUUCAACCAAACAUCUCUGUGUCCUGCUCCACUGACGGGGUCUCCGAGGCCCAGCAGCAGGGGGCUCAGGUGCUGAGGGGCUCCACCUUCACCAUCUGCUGCUCCAUCCAGCCACAGUACCCAGGAGGCUCCUUCCAGCUCACCUUCACCUCCUCCAACUCAGCACACACCUACACCAAGCCAGCUGUCAAUCACUCUGCCCACUUCCUGUUUCCUGCUGCAGAGCCCGCCCACCAAGGAAGCUACAGCUGUGUUUAUCACCUCUAUGUUUUCUCUCAUAACUUCUCCUCUGAGAGCCGUCUGCUCUCUCUCACUGUCCCAGAUCCAACACCUCUUAUCAUCAAAGUGGUCCUCCUGCCGCUGAUUCUGCUGUUGGAGAACGUUGCCCUCUACUUCUACUAUAAGGCCAGAAGGGGGAGGAAGCCGGGCAGACGGGAGAACACUGAGCUGGAUUAUUCUAACCUGGGUGUUCCUGCAGCUGAAGAAGAAGGAGCUCAGGGAGCAGAGUAG